UAAUGGAUGCCAGAUUACAGACUGUGCAAUUGCUGCCUUAGUUGAAAAGCAUGGGAAAAGCCUCAGGAAACUGGAAAUAUUUGGUUGCCAUGCUGUUACUGCAAAAUGCAUAAGACGUGUUGCCAUGAAAUGCCCAAAUAUAAAGGUACUGAAUAUUGGGAGAAUCCACAAGGUUACAGAGGACUGCUUGGCAAAGGUCGUGAAUGGUAUGAAAAAGCUAACUUGUCUCAACAUUACAGGGCUUAAUACGGUGAAGGAUUGUGUGGUUCACUUUAUUGCAAAGAAGUGUCCUGAAUUAGAAUGUCUAGUUCUCAACUCUUGCUCUCAAGUAACCGAUGUCAGUCUAAUGGAAAUAAGCAUGUUCCUACCAACCAUCAGGUAUCUUGAUGUUAGUGGCUGUAAAGAGGUGACUGACAUUGGAGUUCAAGCUUUGGCAGGAAGCUGCCAGAAGAUGUCUUACCUUGAUUUGAGUUCUACAGCAACAAGCAAAAGAGGAGUUUGUUUGUUGGCUAACUUCUGCUUCAAAACUCUGGAAUGUGUGAAGAUUAGUUUCUGCAAGGCUAUAACCCCAGAUGCAGUUGCAAAACUAUGUAAAAACUGUAAAAGACUGAAGAUACUUCAUUUGUAUGGCUGCAGUUUCAUACCUGAUCUAGAGUCUAUUAAAAAAAUCAAUACAAAUGUUGAAGUGUUUCAUGACCUGCCUGUACCAGCUGCUAAAUUGUCUUCUGAAUAA